AUGCUCUCUCUCUCUCUCUCUCUCUCUCUCUCUCUCUCUCUCUCUCUCCCCAUCUAUUUUGUCCGAGCCCCACGCCUUGCACCAUAUCCCGUCGUUGCGGGGAUGUCUCAGUUUUACACACACAGUACAACUGAAGUUUUCAAAGAAAUAUACAAUGAAUUUAACAAAGGUGGUCCUGCUACUAUCUUCGGUCACACAGGUUAUUACGUUAAAACCAACGAACGAGAAGGAGCUGAAGACGAAUGUAAAAGAUGUCCACGCGGAACACAGAAUCCUUUUAAUAGUAGUUCAUUUGAUAUUAAAAAAUGUUAUAAAAGUAUUUGCAAAUUAGAUGAUUCCGUAGCUGUAGCUGAUAACCGCUGCGAAUGUGAUCGAUCAAAAGGUUGGUUUGGUAAAAAUCACCUUGCUUGUCAACUUAAUUAUGAUGGCUGCCCUGAAGGGAAAGAACUAACACAAAGAGGGAUAUGUGAACGCUGCAUAAAUUUCCACUACAAGGACUGGCAUGGUAAUGGUUUCUGCAAAAAACAUUAUAACUGUUCACUGCUACAGAUGGAUGAAAUAAAAGGCAAUUACGCCCAAAGAAACAAAUGCAUUAAAAAAGGCCUGAAAUCAACAACAACCACACCAUCAACAACAGUAACAUCGGCAUCUACAUCUGCAACUUCCUUUCUAUUUCAUGCCUUUCUUCCGUAUUUCAAUUUCACUGAAGCAGACGUUAAGUGUCUGAUAGCUUUUUCUUUUUCUUUCCUUUUUCUCUCUCUUUCUUUUUUCUCUCUCUCUUUCUUUUUUCUCUCUCUCUUUCUUUUUUUCUCUCUUUCUUUUUUCUCUCUCUCUUUCUUUUUUCUCUCUCUUUCUUUUUCUCUCUCUUUCUUUUUCUUUUUCUUUUCUCUCUCUCUUUUUCUUUCUCUCUCUCUCCCUUUUUUCUCUCUCUUUCUUUUUUCUUUCUCUCUCUCUCUUCCUUUUCUUCUCUCUCUUCCUACUACUCCAAUCUCAGCCCAACAAUUACCAAAUUUUUAA